GCGGCAAUUAAUACAGUUUCCUAGGUAUCUAAGGGACACACAAAUAUUUGAAUACUGAGGCGAGUUCUGUAUGAGGUCACUUUCCCUUACAAAUACGGUCUUGUACUGUAGACAGGUGUCAACGCUCCCCCCUUCGCAUCUCGGACAACUGCAGCCGACAUUCUAUACCUGCACGUUGACGCCGAUGCGUGCAGGCUGUCUUUUUGCAUAAACAAACUGUAUCCGAAGAUUACUAUUUGCAAGUGACGUUUUUUCGCUACAUCCACCAUGGGCUCGCAGGCAUCUACACCUGCUUCAACAACCUUACCUGCCGAGCAGCCGGGCAGUACCUCGUCCUGCAGCAAACGUGUCAAUGCUGCGGGCAAGCGGAUCUGCUGUGUGUGCACAGAAACCAAAGCAGCUCGCGACGAGUGCAUUCUGCUAAAUGGAGAGGAGAAAUGUAAGAACUUUAUUGAUGCUCAUAACCAGUGCCUCCGGAGCGAGGGUUUCGAUGUCCAGUAAUGAGCCGGCACUUCCCAAGAAAAUAACCUGUCCAAACCAACAGGCCCCAUGUCCCCAGGUUACCGUCGUCCUCAAAAAAAUUUCCUCUUGUCGCUAGAAGCUCAGCUGACGAAAAAGUUUAGCAAGGUCGUCACCUCAUUUCUUGCCUGCCGUCAUCGAUGACCUUACACAAGUCCACUGUCCGGUGGGCUAUCAGGUGAACUACGCUCAUGAUGCUAUCCAUAACGAAUGCCAUCACUGGUAGGUGGACGCCUUGCAUAUAUAAAUGAUUUUUUCGUUUUUAAUGAGCCCUUCUUUUUGGCCAAUCGGUGUUCGAGGAUACAUCUGAAGCGCUGCUGGUGAACAUCAAGGGUUUUCGAAGCUGGCGAUGGGUGCCGCCAAACAUCAGCCCAGGAGUCGAUGGCGUGAGUGGGUGAUAUGGGCUUUGGCAUAUCCUUACUGUGAAGGACAGACUAA